CCAGCACUGACAUCCCAUUCACUCUUUCUCUCUCAGUUAAUUCCCUACUACACCAGCACACGAGCACCUAUAGUUUCCAUCUCUUGCAAUUUUUUGAUCAAGUUUAGCCAGACCAAACCAACAAAAAAAGGGGUGUCACGGAAAGGGCAAAAUUUUGUGAAAGAAUGGGAAAUAGAGUUACUGUGCUAGAAAAUAGGACAUUGUACAAUAUUGAAAUUAGAAUGUGGGUUUACCCUGCUAGACCUGAUGAAUUCAAGAAAACUUUGAGGAUCAAGCCAGGUAGAUCCACAAGAAUAAUGGCCACAACUUUCAACAGUAGUAAUCAAGAUCAUGAUCACGGUGGUCUUGAAGAAGAAGUAAUGUUAAUGGUGUAUGCAAAUGGAGGUUGGACUGGUAGAUACAUCCUUCCUCUCCACUUGUUCGCUUAUGCGAAAGUCUCCUGCGACAGAAACCAGCACGGUCAAGUCAUUCUUCGAGCCAAAAGGGCAAACUUCAACUUCUUCAGACUCAGGUGUUUUGCCAUAUGUCCUGCAAAAUACGUGGGACUAGGAAUGAUUGAAGAGGGCAUUUAGGCAUGGUCUCGGGGAAUACUUGACCAUGUUUGUUUUAUUCUUAAGGCUGUGGGAGGUCCCUCGAGAGGAUUGAAAUUUGUCUGGAAUUAAAAUUGUAUUCUACAGAAAUUAUACUACUAAAUUCUAUAAAAUCCAAGUUCAUUUCCACACAAAUUCCAAUUCUCUCAACACUCCAAACACAGCAGCAAAUUUUCCUUACCAUCUGUGUUUGUGAAGUGACAAGUACCAAGCAUACGGUUUCGAAUCUUCUGUCCCCAAAUUAGUCU